CGACUAACGAACCGUAUCCUGGACAUAUAAAACGUCCACGAUAACGAGCUCGGCAUUCAGUGAUCGCGAAAUCAGCUCCAAACGAAAACCAAACUUUGCACCAAGAUGAAGAGUGUCAUGAUUUCUUUUGCACUUGUGAGCUGCCUGCUCUUGGCAGACGUAUUCGGCGAGGACAAGUACACGACCAAGUACGAUAACAUAGAUAUUGAUACGGUGAUCAGUACCGAGAGACUUCUCAACGGAUACGUCAAUUGUUUAUUGGAUCGUGGUGCUUGCACUCCCGACGCUGCUGAACUUAAAAAAAAUCUUCCCGAUGCAUUGGAACACGAUUGUGUGAGCUGCAGCGAAAAGCAAAAGGAAAUCGCAGACAAAGUCUCCCAGCAUUUAAUCGACCACAGAGCAGAGGAUUGGAGCCUUCUCGAGGCAAAAUACGACCCUUCGGGAGCUUACAGACAACACUAUCUCGAAAAACAAGCCAAAGACAAAGCGAUAGACUAAACCGCGCUUGGUAGUUCUUCAACCAAUUUGCAAUUCACCUUUAUUAACUUUAAAUGCACUUUAAACACACUCGACUACGCAUUGUUAGUUACUUGGUAUCAAUUAUAAACAUUUAACGAGUCAGUUGAAUUUAAUUCACAACACUUAAACGAUGAAAACAUCCAAAUGGAAAGAUACAAAUUAACCAACUCUGCCGUAAAACCAGCAUCCUCAAAACAUUUUCACGUGGCCAUCCGUUCGGUAUCUCUGAAACAAUUAAAACGUCAGAUUUAAAACUCAGAAAAAGAUUUCCGUAAACGGUUGCAAAUAUUUCAACCCUUCGCUAUGAUUUCCAUCCCUAUAAAGAGCGUACGUUUGUGCUUUCAAGUUAUUUGAAUCUAUUCGUAGCUAUCCCAUUAGCCAUUAUCCAACAAUUUGUUCCGAUCUUUUAAUCGUCCAACCUUUAAUCUUUUAAU